UGCAGGUGCGGACCGAAGGGGCGCGCGGGCGAGGGGCGCGCUCGGGCCUCCGCUGGGGCGGAGCGGAGUGGCAUCAUGGCUGGCCGGGGCGGGAGAGGAAGAGGCCGGGGCAGCCACAUGACGUUCAAUGUUGAAGCGGUGGGCAUUGGGAAGGGCGAAGCGUUGCCCCCCCCCACUCUGCAGCCCUCACCACUGUUCCCCCCCUUGGAAUAUAAACCAGUCCCACUGCACGCUGGAGAGGAGGUGGAGUAUAUGUUGGCCCUGAAGCAAGAAUUUAGGGGGGCCAUGAAGAGCCUGCCAUAUUUCAUCAAACCAUCUGCCCCCAAGAAAGAUAUUGAACGCUAUUCCGACAAGUAUCAGAUGACGGGCCCAGGUGAUAAUGCCAUUGAGUGGAACCCGGAUUGGAAACAGCUACCUCCAGAGUUAAAGAUUCGGGUGCAGAAGACUCGAAAACAAAAGCGGAUGGCGCCGGUCCCCAAGCGCAAAGCCAAGGUUUCUGCAGACAAGGAGGAAGCCAUCAAGAAGCUGGAGACUCUGGAGAAGAAAGAGGAAGAGGUGACAUCUGAAGAGGAAGAGGAGAAAGAAGAGGGCGAAGAAGGGAAGGAGGAAGAGGAGGAGGAAUAUGAUGAGGAAGAGUUUGAAGAGGAGACGGAUUACAUCAUGUCCUAUUUUGACAACGGAGAAGACUUUGGGGGCGACAGUGACGACAACAUGGACGAAGCCAUCUACUGAACGUUGGCCUGGCUGGUUGCAGAGGGAAGACGCCCUGAAUUUGAAAAGGUUCCUCGCCUUGCGAGCCUCCCAGGGGUCUCAUCCUGAGGGGUCUUGGGCUCUUGCGAGUUGUUUCAGAAAGUCCCCCUCUGGCCUGCAGGUGGCACCCCUGCUCCACGCUGCUGCUGGCGGCCCUUGGCCGACCAACAGCCCGGUGCGUCCUCCAGAAAGUGACUGCGCUGCAGGGAGCAAGCCAGGUUCUGUGAGGCUCCCCCUUUCUCCCUGGACCAGUGCAGGACCUUCUAGCCCUGGAAUUCUCCCGAAACACUCACACAACCCUCUUCAGGGCGGCAGGUUAUCGGAGGGCUUUAGUAGCUGG